AGCUUCAGCAUCAGCCAGAGACUGCGCGAGCCCCCCGUUCAGCUAGUAAUUCCGUGCCGUUAAUUGUUGCUUCUAUUUCGGUCGUCGACCAAAACAUUUGGCGAUGAGCGGGAAGCGACGGGCGGGAGGGCUGUGUGCAGGAGAGCGGGCGGGAGCAGCGCGGGUGGCGAAAUCUGCGCUGCCAGCGCAACGUUACCACUUGUCCGCCUAUUUCUGGCUGGGUCGCUGUUUUGUGCUACGUGCUUUCUUGUGGAGCGCACAGCUCUGUUUGGGUCACCAUCUGUGCCCCGAGUGUGUCCGCCGCUUUUUCAUAUAAAGGCAGCAGCAGCUACUGCUCCGUCCUUCUCCCGCCCUCGUAGAGAGAAGCUCUUGCGUUUUUUGUAUUCCUCCUCCGUCUGUACAAGCUCGACUUUUGUAUCUUA